GCGCUCCCGCAAUUCUCGAUCGCCCCACAGCUUCUUCGACCGUCCUCUUCUUCUUCUUCCCCUGUUCCUCUCGCCCCGCACUCCACGCAAACAGGCCCGCACGCAAGCAACGAGCCACGAUAAAACAAAAACAAAGCAAGCAUCCAACCAAUUUAAUUACCCGCCGGCCAAUCAGGACGAUCAAGCGCUGGUCGGAUGGUGUUCAGCAGCGCGUGGCUGGCGGCGGCGGCGCGGGUGCCGGCGGAGCUGUGCCAGGGCUCGGCGCCGCGGCGGCGGAGGCGGCUGAGGGCCGACGAGGUGCUGCGCGCGCUCUUCACGCCGCCCGUGCAGGGGCUGGAGCGCCUGGCCGACUGCCUCUUCGUCUUCUUCUGCCUGCCCCUGCCGGAGCUCGACCAGUACUACGUGUCGUCCGGCCGCGGCGGCUGGAUGCCGCGCCGGCCGCCCGGCGCCGCCGUGCUGUACAGCUACCGGAGAUCGCUCUCGGUCGAUGAAUCCUCCCCCGGCUCCUCGUCUCCGUCGUCGUGGGUGUCCUCGUCGGAGGAGGGAUUGUACUACUCCGACGACUAGCUAUUAGGAAAUUGUAGUACAAGCUGUUGUAUAUACAUAGCAAUGAUCGUCCUGGGCUUGUCGUAGGACGGUGUGGCGGGAUUGGUUUUUUAAGCUGUACAUAGCAUGCAGUUGUCUGUUCCAUUUCUGUACACGCACUACACACUGAUUCGAAGGAGAAAUCAAUAUAUUCGUUCUUUCUUUUUUGGUCGA